UAUAUUUCGGUAUAUUUCUGAGACGUCACGCUGGUUGGUGUGCCUCCUCUGCACAUUUUUUUUGGAGCCUAUAAAAAUUAUCAACAGUCGGAGCCGGCACAACUGUUUUUAAAGAGCCAAAUAUCUCAAUAAACCCUACACACAACACAAUGAAUAUGGACAAGAACAGUGCAGCGUUGUACAAAAAGAUGCAGACCGAGGUUGAGUCAUAUCAAAAUCUUCAGAAGUCCUGCGUAAAGAUGGUCAAACAGCGCGCACUGCUGGAGAGUCAGCUAAAUGAGAACAAGUGCGUUUUGGACGAACUGAAUCUGCUGGGACCAGACAACAAGGUCUACAAACUGUUUGGCCCCGUGCUGGUGAAGCAGGAGCUGGAGGAUUCACGUCAGAAUGUGGGCAAACGCAUUGAGUACAUCUCCAAAGAACUCAAGAGCUCCACCGACACCCUGGAGAACAUGGAAAAGGAUAUGCUGAAACAUCGGGAGGCUGUGGGCAAGUACCAACAGCAAUGGCAGGUGGCGGCGGCAAUGAAGUGAAGGCCCUCAGGAUUACAAUUAAGACCUAAUUUAUAAUUGCUUUGUAGAUGUUUCAGAGCAUGAACAACACCAGCAUCAUCUUGAAAAGAAUAAACUAAAAAGAGCUUGCAUUUCAAA